UGUCUGCUGAUCACUGGCCACCGGAGGAGCAGCUGCUGGGGGCUGUCACUUUGUGUCCCAAGUUGUUGGUUUUUAGCAGGAUCCCAGGUGGAACCAACAGGCAUUUGUGUCCGGGGACAAGAGCCGGAGACUUGGGGCAGAUCAUUCAGCUGCUGCCGGGAUCAGGGGCUACUGCCUUUCUUUAUUGGGAUUUACAGAGAUAUAACGGACUGGCUGGAAUCAAUUACCCCAGGAACCCAGCUUAUUAUAGGGGGAACCGCAGGAUCCCAUUGUUAUCUUACUCGGACCCACCUAUCAGACUCUUCCAUAAAUCCCCCCCACGUCCUGCCAACUAAGGGAGAAGAGGGGCUAUCAGGGCAACGCAAUGGGGUUCCCUAAUGGUGUCACCGAUGAACCACAAAAGAGUUUACUGUCGAAAGCUCGGGGAAUCGGUUCCAGCGCCUUGAGGUUCCGAGGCGGGUCGCUGUUCCGGGAAGCAGAGAAGGUUCCAAAGCCAGAGUUUGUGUACAGCACCCCUCAGGUCAACAUCAACCCCUUCACCCCCGAUUCCUUGGAAAUCCAGUCGUCCACCGGGCUUUGUCGCAGGAGAAAAAGGGCACUACUAAAUGACUCUUGUGGGGAAGACAUGGAAGGCAGCGACUGCGAGCUGGAAGACGAUGACAUUCGCCCGGCAAAGCGGAUCCCAAUAACGGAAAGCAACAUGAAGUCUCGCUAUGCGACCGAGUUCCACGAAUUGGAGAAAAUCGGUUCCGGCGAGUUCGGCUCCGUGUUCAAAUGCGUGAAGAGGCUCGACGGUUGCAUCUAUGCCAUAAAGCGCUCCAAGAAGCCCCUGGCCGGCUCUGUUGAUGAACAGAAUGCAUUGAGGGAGGUGUAUGCGCACGCCGUGCUUGGGCAGCACCCCCACGUAGUCCGAUACUACUCUGCCUGGGCGGAAGACGACCAUAUGCUUAUUCAGAAUGAGCAUUGUAAUGGCGGGAGUCUAGCCGACGCUAUCAGUGAGAAUUACAGGACGAUGCAGUUUUUCUCUGAGCCGGAACUCAAGGAUCUACUUUUGCAAGUAGCUCGGGGCCUGAAAUAUAUUCACUCCAUGUCAUUGGUGCAUAUGGACAUAAAGCCCAGUAACAUAUUCAUAUCGCGGACGACCGUCCCAAACACAGCGGUUGAAGAAGGGGAUGAUGAGGACUGCGGCUCCAGAAAAGUUAUAUAUAAAAUAGGGGAUCUUGGUCACGUGACCAGAGUCUCCAGUCCCCAAGUGGAAGAAGGCGACAGUCGAUUUCUUGCCAAUGAAGUCUUACAAGAGGAUUACACGCACUUGCCCAAAGCAGAUAUAUUUGCCCUGGCGCUGACAGUGUGGUGCGCAGCUGGAGCGGAGCCCCUUCCGACCAAUGGAGAGCAGUGGCACGAGAUCCGGCAGGGCAAGCUCCCGCGGGUGCCCCAGUCGCUCUCACUAGAGUUUAUGGACUUGAUCAAGCUUAUGAUUUCUCCCGAUCCGGAGAAAAGGCCUUCGUCCGUGGCCCUGGUGAAGCAUUCCGUUCUCCUGUCCACGUCCCGGAAAAGCGCCGAGCAGCUGCGGAUAGAACUCAAUGCGGAGAAAUUUAAAAACGCACUUUUGCAGAAGGAACUAAAGAAAGCACAAAUAGCAAAAGCAGCAGCGGAGGAAAGAGCCCUCUUCCCCGACCGAGUAGUGACGCGAUCGACGGCUCAGAACAACCGGACGACCCGCCUCAUCGGGAAGAAGAUGAACCGAUCCGUCAGCCUUACUAUAUACUGACAUAUAGUACAGCCUCGUUGCAUUCACAUCUCGUUCCGUGUGGAUCAUUCCGAGCGGCUUUUGUAGUUUAGUUUAACGGACGCUGCGUUUAGCUGUAGGCGUUAAAGCUCCCCCCCGUUUGGAUACGUUUUUUUUGCUACUGCCCCGAAUUAGGGUUCAGUUGAUCCGAGGAUCCAGAAAGAAUUGCAGGGGAUCAAUAACCCCUUGCAUUGGUUACGGAUAUUGAUCGGGACGGAGCUGUUGAACUUCUUUAGGCUUUUAAUGUCCAAUUAGGACCGGCAAUGUUAGCCUCUAUGGUGGUAAAUUCUUAGUCUAAUCAAGACAGAUUAAAUAGUUGGUAGAAGGAUGGGGGGGCUGGGUUUUUUUUUUUAUUUUUCUCCCCCCCCUUAUUUCCAUACACUGGUAUAACCCAAUGGUGGAUUCUAACACCAUGGCCCUGCUUUAGACCCGCCCCACAUCUACAUUACUGUAAUAGUUUACAGCUAAGUUGAAAGUUUAGAUUUUACUUUUUUUUUUUUUUUCCUGUAUAUGUGUAAAAUAGACACGUGCCACGUAGAAUGAAUGGGAAAUUCAUUGGUUGGAGAAGCUACGUGGCACCGACGAGUCGGAAAUUGUACCCGGGUACAUUUUAUUGUGAAUUUUAUUCAACUUUGAGCACUUUGUUAGCAUCAGGCGCCGUAUGGGCGCCACGUGAAAUAUGCUGCUAUUAGUUUUUUUUUUUCGUUUCCCCCCCUCCCUUUUUAUUUGCUGUAAAUGUGUAGCAUUAAACAAUCAUUGUUGUACUUUGCCCCCCCCCCAGCAUCUCGCACAGAAGGGCCUGUAGCUUGCGAUUAUAUCCGGCAACAGGCGAGGAUUCUCCUUCUGAACUCCCAUGAUUCAGCGGGAAAAUACGCACAUUCUGGCCCCGCCCCCUUUUGUACAGAUCAUUCCGUGUCCCGUGUGUCAUUUUUAUUUGUACGUAGGAAUACAAAAUGUGACUUUCAUGCCAAAAUCGGUCUCCCGUUUUUGCACGCCAAAUACGCUGUAAAGAGCGUGCAGAAUAGGAACUUUGUGCCAUAAUUGCACUAAAGACACCCCCCGUCCCCUUUGUGCCCAUUAUGUUGAUAACAGCCCCUCGCCCAUAGGCUCUCGUUGUCUGACCGACAUGAGAUCAAUAGAAGCUUAUUGGCUAGCCGUGGGGGCGGGCCUGUGUCGGUAAACUUUUUUUCUCAGUAAAACAACACCCCCCCCCCCAUUGUCAGUUUAAUAUAUUAACAUGGAAUUAAUGUUCGAGCAACUGGAGUUCCGCUACCAGGACAGAAUUUGUUGAUCCGUUUCCGGGUUCUGUACACAAUGAUGUUUGUUUGGAUUAUUCUGUAUGAAAAAGAUUUGCGCCUCUUUGUAAAUUCAGUUGUGAGUUUGUGAUGGUUGGUUUGUCCCAAACCUUGUAAAUAAAUUUCAUGUGCCUUCCUCUUUCUUAA